GUGAGUGUGAAUGGUUGUUUGUCUAUAUGUGCCCUGUGGUUGGCUGGCCACCAGUCCAGGGUGUACCCCGCCUCUCGCCUGAAGACAGCUGGGAUAGGCUCCAGCACCUACCGCGACCCUCGUGAGGAAAAAGCGGUAGAAAAUGAAUGAAUGAAUUAUUAUCCGUAUAAAAAAACAUCAAUGGAGCGCUUCCAGCUGUAAAAUGCCUGGACUUUAUCCGUAUAGCGUUCCUCAAUCCAAACGCCAUUAGCCCUGCUUAGCUUAAUACCUGCCCAUGCACAUCACAUGACGCCACAACAACUUGAACAUACAUGGAGAACAUUGAAUAAUUUCUCAUUAUGAAAUACAGAAUAUAUAUAAUCAGAACGAGGUCUUACCGUGAAUAAGCGAUGGCCACGCUGCGUGGAGGGGAAACCAAGACGCAUUAUUAGCAAGUCCGGCCUCUGUUGUUGUGAAAGUUCCUAAGUCAUUCUGGAACCAUGUGAUGUCGUGAGGAAGCAGCCCCCCGCCCGGGGGCUUUGUUCCGCCUCUCCACACCACUAGGAGAAGUAAUCCUCCAAGUGGGCGUCCAUUGGUUGCUGCUUGGGAACUGCAAAAACAGGGCAUAAUAGGAGCAUUGUGCCGAAACCGACAACGGAAAAAUGAAGCAAAUACGCGCUUAAAGAGAGGAUUUUAUUGAUUAAAAAAAACUAAAAUACGACAUCUGCUUAUCUUACAGCGCCAUCUUGUGGUAAAAGGCACUCAGUCAUUUGUUCAACACCCCCAUAGUCACUUUUUUACUCCGAUUAUUCUUUGUUACCAGGCUUCGUGAUCACUUCAGGGGCCUCUCCAACACACUUAAAGUGACAGGGGAUGAAGCACAAAGAAGCCAAAACUUACCACUUCCACACAAAAUGAGAGGAGAACUUUUUUUCCUAUCAAUCCCAGCCUUGGCAAAAGUAAUGUAAUCCGUGGUUUGGACUAAUAAUAGACCAGAUUAAACCACAAAACUGUGAUUUUUUUUUUUUUUUAACAAACUCGGAUAUAACGAGGGAGCAAUAUCGGAAGCGAGUUAUGACGUUGCUUCAGUUUUUCUGUAUCUUCUGAAGCAAGUAGUCCAUCUGAAGGUUGAGGUUCGGUUGUCCCUUCUUGGUCUUUUUGCACAGCAUCUGAAACUUCUCCAUCUUCCUCUGUUUGUACAUGCGGAUGGCCUCCUCUCGCCGCUGCUUGCUCACGAGGUACUCCUGAGAAGAUAGUUACGGUUCAGAAGAUGGUGAGGUUGGGCCUCAUGGAGUACUGGGACUGGGACUGAGACUGGGAAUCUCAGGCACUACUCUAUUUAGCUGGGAUAGGAUCCAGCUUCCUUGUUUACUUUUUCUUCUUCUGCACCAAAAUGCAGACUCACCUCUUUCUUUUUCCUUCGUUUCUCCUUGACUUUUUCGUACUCUUCUUUGGACCUCUGUAAGGACGUCGUCUUCAGCAUCUUCUUCUUCAUGCGGUUGCUCAUGGGAAGGCUUCACGGGAAUAUGGAAGUGGCUUUAAUUUGUCCCCGAGGAUAAAACUACACUUCCUGGGUAAAUACUCACAUUUGUGGUGCUGGUGUUGACGUCUCAAUAGCGCUACUUUCCGCCUCAGACGUGGCUUCUGGAUCAGGAGCUGUUACAGGUUCUGGUGCUUGUGUAGCGUCGUACUGUGUCUCUGCCUUCCUGCCCUGUCCGGUUAUUCUCAGCUUGGACCUGUUCACUCGGUUCGUCCACGCUUCGCUCUUCAGCUUCUCUUCCUCGGCCAUGUAUAAAUGUUUGAGGUGUUCAGGGUACGCCUCAGCGUACAGCGAUGCUGUCUGUGGGUUCAUUUUCUUCUUCUUCUCCUUCCGUAGAAGUUUGUUGUACUCAUGCUGCACUUUCUCCUUCCGCCUCAGGGCAAAACCUUUACCUGAAGUGUGGUGAUAAACGUACAUUGUAAAGCACAUAUUCACUUAUUCAUGGUUCGUUGUUAUUGUGUAGCGACAGCUACAGCUACUACAACAGUAGUAAUAUGACUUUAAUUGCAGUACAGUAAGUUGUAAAACAACAAGUUAACAUGGAAUAAAAAAAGUAUACAUAUAGAAAUGACUAGACACUUUAAACAUACAGUACCUUCAUUCACGCUUCCUCGAUAUACUUUGUUCUCCGGAACCCAUUUCUUCUUCUUUUUGACGUCAUCGGUUUGCUUGAUUGACUUCUUCCGGUUUGUUUCUUUCUUUGGGAGCGUAUUUUUCAUCAUUUUUUGAUAUGUAGAUAUGUAAACUAGUGGGACAGUAAAAUGUUUACACGCGUGCUAGUACUGCGUGUCUUUACAGUCGCAGAUUGAUGACGUACACAAGAAACGUGAAUAACCGACUGCAGAUCACGCGAUCAAUAUGGGAUAUAUUUUCUUCCUCCGUUCGCUUUUUUUAAACAAUUAACACUGAAUUAUUAAAAUAUUACAUUAAAUUGGUAUUAAAACUAUUUUAUGUAGAGCAAUAUUUCAGAAGAGGCCCCAGAGACGUCCAAAAUAAAAAUCGAUGAUAUGUUUUCAACUACUAAUGCCUUGAGUAUAUCGGAAGUGGACUGCCGACUAGAUUCACUUCAGUCUGCCUGGCUUUUUUAGUAUUUCAACAUGAUUCCCGUCUCCAUCAGCCUUACGGAGGUCCAGCAACGGAUAAAUGAAGUCACUCGGUUUCUCGAUGCAACUCUGUGCAUCGCCAACGCCCACACUGUCGAGUUUUACACCCACGACGUGUGGAGCCGCUUCGUGGCUGUUUCACCCGAAGAGGUUCUGGCUGCCAUUGACAGAAGCGGCCACCAGGGGGAGACAAAAGUCCUAAAACAAGAAAAAUCCGGGACCACAUUUGGCUUCUGCCAAGAUACAAAGCAGCUUGUUGAUAUAAAUGAACUAUUGCAAGCAGCAAAGGCCCACUCACUUCCUGGUUUGAGAGUCUGCAUAAGCCAAGAUGAGCUUCUGGAGGCCCUCAGACGAAACAUGUCGGAACCGGACAAUACUUCCACGGCUGAGGUGGAGUCGGACGAGUUUAUGAGCACAAAGAAAUUCCACGAGGUCCGAUCCAUGUCGGAGGUGGUGGACUGUUUGGCCAAGCACUGUGGAGUCAAACAGGAAAGUAUGAAAUAUGAAUAUUAGCAUGUUGAGACUGUGUAGACUCCAUGGAGCUCCAUGUCGUUCCUGCAGGUGAUAGACGUUGGUUCAGGGAAGGGCUACCUGAGCGCCUUCUUGUCCCUGCAGCACGGCCUCCGGGUCUUCGGCAUCGACUCGUCCAGCAUCAACACCCACGGCGCCCGGGAGAGAAACCGCAAGCUGAAGAAGUUCUCCAAGGUGUACCACAAACGCACGGAGGCUAAAAACGCAGAGGAAGAGAUGCCCUCGGAAGAGGUCGCAGAACUAAAAGCUGGAGAUGAUGGAGAUGAAGGUGGGUCACAGGAGGUGCUGCAGAUACCAGACCCUGCAGAGAAUACGGAGGAGCUUUUUCUUAGCGCCUUGUCACUGGACGUGAUAACUCCUGGGAGAACUUCUACUUCACUGACUGAUGAGGAGAGACUGAGGAGGAAGAAGGAGAACCUGGAGAGGAAAUCCCAGAACCGGAGCAGCGGCUCAGAUGUCUUCUCGCCACUCAUGUCCUACGUUACCGCGGAAACGGAGCUCGGGGAGCUCAUCCAGGACCUGGAGCACGCGGUCCUGGUGGGUCUGCACACCUGUGGCGACCUGGCUGCUAGCACCCUCAGGAUGUUUGUGGCUAAAGCGGAGCUCCUGGCCGUCUGCAGCGUGGGGUGCUGCUACCACCAGCUCUCUGAGGAGUUUCAGCCCGACGCGCGGGAGUGUUUGGGUUCUGCGUUCGGGUUCCCCCUGAGUCAGCACCUCCGCCGCCUCUCGUGGUUCUGCGGCAGAAACGCCCGCAUGUCGGCGUGCUUGGCGCUGGAGAGAGUUGCGGUGGGACACGGGAUCCAAAUGGAGUCGCUUUUCUACCGGGCGGUGCUGCAUGUCAUCCUCAGGGAUCACUACCACGCCCAUAAAAGCGAAAAGCGAGUAGGGAACGUUUACUCCAAGGCCAAAUCCUUCGUGGAUUACGUUCGGCGAGCUCUCGGAAAACUGGACCUGGAUGAUUCAAAACUUUCCGACGCGGACAUCCAGCGGUACCACGAUGCCUACGGACCGCGCCGGGCCGAAAUGCACGCUUUUAAUCUGCUGAAGGCGACGCUUGCUCCCUGCAUUGAAGGUCUCAUCCUCCUGGAUCGCCUCUGCUACCUUCAGGAGCAGGAGGAAGGAUUCUCGGCUGCGUUGGUGCAACUUUUUGACCCGCUUCUGUCACCAAGAUGUUACGCCAUCGUGGGACUGAAAGACCGCCGAAGCAGGAAGUCAUCAAAAUCUACCGCCGCUCAUUCCUAGGAUUUGCUCCAUAUGAUUUUUUUUCUUAAUAAACUGAUUUUUUACUGACGAUAUCAUCAAAGAAGUUAGCUGAUAUCACAAACGUAAACUCGGUCAUGGACUAAGUCGUCAAAGGUUGGACAUUUUGGACAAAUCUAUUCUACAGGAGCAUGGUUUGGAUCCAAUGCCGCCAGUUUAUGACCCACUUCUGUCGCCAAGAUGUUACGCUACCGAAAGACUUAAGUACUGCAGCAACAGGAAGUCACCAAAAUAUAUGCCAGUCAGGCAUUAUUAGUUGUUUUUUUUAAAUAAAUGGAGGUUUUACUGAUGACCAUCAGAUGGAUCGUUCCGUUGCGGACAUCACUAACAAAUACUCAGCUGAGUAAAUCCACGGACUAAUCAACCAAAGGUUGGAUAAAUCUAUUCUACAGGAGGAUGGAUCCUCUGUUGCAAGUUUUUGACCCACUUCUGUCGCCAAGAUGUUCCGCUAACGUCUUAGCAACAUGCGUUGCCAGUCAGUCCUCGGAUUCGUUUUUCCAAUAAAUUGAGAUUUUAAUGAUGACAUUAUGAUGGAUUGUCCUGAUAAAGUCGUACAAUUAAAAAACUGAUCCGGAGAGACAGGCAAUGAUGGGUGGGGUAAUAAUGAUGGCUAAUAACUAUAAAAGCAAUCUUCCCUCACUAAAUGUACUGCAAAAAAGGCCAGUAAGGAUAAUUUAUAAUGCCGCCUACAAAGAACAUACUAACUCCUUAUUUCUAAAAUGACAAAUACUUCAACUUGCUGAUACAGUUCAUCUUCAAACAGCUAAAAAUAAAUUAAACUAUAUUAGGAAAGCAGGAAGUAAACAAAUUUUUUUUUUAAUUAAAAAGAAAUUAAACUAUAUUAGGAAAGCGGGAAGUGAACGAAAAAUAUAUAUUUUUAAAAAAAGGAAAAAAUAAAAUAAAUUAAACUAUAUUAGGAAAGCAGGAAGUGAACAAAUGUAACAAUUUGGAGUGGCUAAUUAACCUAGCAUGUUGUUGGAAUGUGGAAGGAAACCAGAGUACCCGGAGAAAACCCACUACAAUAUAAUAUUAUAUUGUAUGGUCAUAUACAAUAU